AGUCACCAAAAAUUCAUCAUUUGCAUAACGCUCAAAGCUUCAAACUUUACAGUCCUAAAACAACAUUCUUUCACUUUUCUUAAAGUUUUAAUUCAAGUAUGGCAGACGCUGAGCACAAGAGCCACGAGCAUGAGACCCAUGCAGUUGAGGAGAGUGCAGCAGUUGAGAGCAAGGAUCGGGGGUUGUUUGAUUUCUUGGGGAAGAAGGAGGAAGAGCAGCCUCAAGAGGAGGUGAUCGUUGCUGAAUUCGAAGAGAAGGUUCAGGUUUCUGAACCCGAGCCUAAUAAAGAGGAGGAGAAGAAACCUAGUCUCUUGGAGAAGCUUCAUCGAUCAGAUAGCAGCUCUAGCUCUUCUAGCGAUGAGGAGGAAGGAGAAGGAGAGGAGAAGAAGAAGAAAAAGAAGGAAAAGAAAGGGCUGAAGGAAAAGAUCAAGGAGAAGAUAUCAGGAGAGAAAGAAGAAGAAAAGAAGGACGAGGAAACUGCUGUCCCAGUAGUCCAUGUCCAUGAAGAGAAGCAUGAAGUAGUCCACACUGAGGCGUCAACACCACAGCCCGAGGAAAAGAAAGGUCUGCUUGAGAAAAUAAAAGAGAAACUCCCUGGACAACACAAGAAGGCUGAAGAGGCAACUCCUCAUCCACCACCACCACCACCUCCAGCUGAGAGUGCUUCUGCAGAAGCACAUGAGGGGGAGGCUAAGGAGAAGAAGGGUCUUUUGGAGAAGAUCAAGGAGAAGCUUCCUGGGUACCAUCCAAAAACAGAGGAAGAGAAAGAGAAAGAGAAAGAAUCGCAUUAAAGAAAGCAUGCAGUAUUGUGUUUGAUAAAGAAUGAUAUUUUUGAUGAUGAUAGAACUGUGUGGCCUAUGAUGUUCAUGAUCAUCUUUUCUUUUGGCUUGUUUAAUUCCUUCUUUUGUUAUUCCAUUGUCUGCUUGUUUUAAUAUAUAAGAAGUUUGCAAGGGUUUAUAUUUUAA